UCUGUGACCUGCUUCCUGAAUGGGAGACCUUAUGUUCAACAGGACGGAGACGUCACGCGCCAGCCACACCCACGCUGCUGCUGCUGCUGAGCUACGUUCACAAGCACAAACUCCCUCACAGACAACACAAAUGUCUGUCAAUAACAGCGUUAUUGUCUAUUGUUAAGUGUCUAUUGUUCGUGGACGUUCGUGUGCGCGAUUUAGUUGCUUUGUAGUCAAACCUAUUGCAAACAUUUGACUCAUCGCAAGGCUGUUUUACACCUGUUUACACCUGUUUACACGGCCAGACAUAUUUUAAAAAGGAUGGCUUCACGUGGGAAGUCAGAAACAGGAAAACUGAGGCAGAACAUGGAAGAGCAGCUUGACAGACUGAUGCAGCAGCUUCAGGACCUGGAGGAAUGCAGAGAAGAGCUGGACGAGGAAGAGUAUGAGGAGACAAAAAAGGAAACCUUGGAACAGCUGAGUGAGUUCCACGACUCUCUGAAGAAGAUCAUGACAGGAGACAUGACACUUGUGGAUGAACUCGGUGGGAUGCAGCUGGCAAUCCAGGCUGCCAUCAGCCAAGCAUUCAAAACACCAGAGGUGAUCCGUCUUUUUGCAAAGAAGCAGCCAGGACAGCUGAGGUUAAGACUAGCAGAGAUGGAUCGGGAUGUCAUGGUGGGGAAACUGUCGCGGGAUGUGCACAUGCAGCAGAAGAUGGAAAUCCUCACAGCCUUGAGAAAACUGGGAGAGGAGCUCACUGCAGAGGACGAGACUUUUCUCAGUGAAAACGCUACAGCGACCCUGAGCCAGUUUGAAAAAGUGACUGCAAACCCAGGGUCGGAGGACAAAAUUAUGGCUUUAGCCAGCUCUGGUGUGAACACCAAAGCAUAAUUAUUCCACAAAGUAUACAUUUUAACUCUGUUAUUAUCAAAAAAAAAUGUGCCAAUUGAUUGUUGAUUUUGUAAACAAUUGAUGCACUUCUAGGUGUUGCUGUGAAUGUGACCACUUUUUAAGAGUAUGUUUUUAUAUGUCCCCAUACCUUUGUAAAUGUCUUUUGUCCAGAAUAGUGUACAGUUGUAUUAUACUGUAGGUACGAGCAAAUAUGAAGAUGUGUACAUAAAUAUGGAGGAUAGUUGAGGCAGUGAAUUUCUCAGCGGCUCUGGAUGUAUGUGUUUGUAACCUUGCUAUGAUGAAGAUGUUGAUUUCCUGUGCAAGCGCUGCAAAUAUUCAACAUGGAAUGUCAUUUUAACUUAACUGUCCUGUGUACGAGGAAAAUAACAGAAAUGCUAAAUACAUGCAACACUGCAAACAAAGUGAAUGACUAUGGUCUGUGGUACAGAUGCUUCCUUUGGUGGUAUUUGGAGGGAAAUCAGGGAAAUCUACUGAUUAUUCCAGGGUAUGUGAUCAGAGUGGAGCUGAGCUUGAGUUUGACCAUAGUACAUAGAAAAUAUAACGAAUAAUAAUAAUAAUUAGAUCUCUCACUCCAAAAAUUCACUAUACCAGUGUGUGAGGAAGACAAGGAUGAUAAAAGCAAAUUACCUUAUUGGGAAUAAAUCUGCCUCCUGUGAAAAGUCUGUUGCUGACAUUGCUCAACCCAUUUACACCACUGUAUAUUAACGUUGUUGAUAAUGGUGUUGCUUCAUGGGCUCAAUAUUUUCUCAGGUGGUACUUGGUAUAAAAAGUUUGAGAACCACUGAUUGAGUGUGGCACAGUUGCCAAUCACCAAAGGACUAGAAAGCAAAUGCAAAAUCAGAGAGGAGUAGAUGGAAGCAUGACUGAGCAUUUAAUAAACAAAAUAUCUGAUAAGUUACCAAACGUAAGGCUUUUUAUCAAACCCAUCAGGCUGUAGUUUGAUCUGCCGUGGGUUGAACAGUGUGUGAGGUCAUGUGACAGCGUCUAAUUUGAGUCAUUCACUACGAUGACUAGUUGGUGGCCAUUUAGAUGUGUGGUCACUUUUCAGAUGCAACAUAAUGCUGGUGUCUGCGGGGGUCACAACAAGUAGAAUACAAACAUUUUUUCAGUCACCAGUUAGAUUAGCAAUUUAGUCUUGAGAGGAACUUUUUCUAAAGAAAGUUACGUCACAAUGGAGGUUACACUUUAAAGUCUCUAUUAUUUUGUUGUCUAGUAUUUCAAACUAGUUUUUAAUCAGUAGUGUUCGAGUAGAGGAUUGUGUUAAAGUGUAUUUCAUCUUACAGCUUUUCACAGAUCGGAAUAUUCUAGAAUUGUACCUUCAGUCUUGAGUUACAAAAUGUUUUACCUUUACCACCAGAGGGCACUGCUGCUCAAUAUUCAAGACAAGGGAGCGCCAUCAACGCUGCAAACACUAGGGAUAGACUGAAUGAAAACAACAGACACACAGACGUUAUACCAUCUCUUAAUCCUUUAUUUUGUUUGCGAGCAAGCAUCGACUUCACUACAAUUUGCCUUUCAAUUGGUAGAAAAGUGAGAGCAGCUCCAACAAGCACAAAGGAAAACAUCCAACUGUUCAAAAAAUAAAAAGGAAAAAAAUACAAAGAAUACUCAACCUUCUUUCCUUGAGCAAAAGUUUAAAGGAAACAAAAACAAAGUAUAUAUCUGGAGUGGUGUGGACGUGUGAAACGGACCGUAUGAGAAUCAGUAGUGAAUCACGUCACUUUUCUCACUCCAGUCUCACAAUCCCACAUGGAACGUACACAAACUUGUGGUUCAUGCAAAGAAAAUUCCCCUUACAUCUUUGUGUUAUUACAGUAUGGCUGCAUUUCAGUUUGUUAGGCAGUGACAUUCAGUUAAUUCAACCAACUUACACUGAGCUCAGGGGCCGAUCACAAA